AUGAGCCACUGUUGCAGGUGUUGCAAGGAGAGAUUCGAUCACCACGUCUGUGAGAGCAUUGCCUCCGUGUGGACGGUCAGUGAAGUGCACCACGACUCCGUGAAGCUGAUCAAGUUCGCGGACGACACCACCCUCAUUGGACUCAUCUCCAACAACGAUGAGUCCGCCUACAGGAGGGAGGUGGACCGGCUGGUGUCCUGGUGCAGUGGUAACAACCUGGAGCUGAACGCCCAGAAGACAGUGGAGAUGAUUGUGGACUUCAGGAAGAGCACUGUCCCCCCGCCCCCACCCUCCGUGAUGGACUCCCCCAUCACCUCUGUGGAGUCCUUCCGUUUCCUGGGCACCACCAUCACCCAGGACCUCAAGUGGGAGCCGACCAUCAGCUCCCUCAUCAAGAAGGCCCAGCAGAGGAUGUACUUCCUGCGGCAGCUCAGGAAAGCCAAGCUGCCUGCACAGAUGUUGGUGCAGUUCUACACGGCCAUCAUCGAGUCCAUCCUCACCUCCUCCAUCACCGUGUGGUUCGCUGGAGCCACAGUCAGGGACAAACAGAGACUACAGCGCAUUGUGCGCUCUGCAGAGGAAGUGAUCGGCCGCAGCCUUCCAUCGCUGCAGGACCUGCAGGAGGCUGCGGUCCAUCAGGACUAG